CCGCUCUGCCCAAUCAGCGCGCGCCAGAGCCACGAGUGACGGCAGAAGCAGCCAAUCGCAGCCAGCGGCGGGCUCUGCACACGGCACGGCCUCGCCUGCCUUGGGCUGAGCUCCGCCAUUUCUCGUUAGCCUGGGCUGAGGAGCGGCCCCGGCGCUGGGCCCGGCCCGGGCAGGAGGCCAAGGAAGCGCCGCUGCGCUGAAGCGCCGGGAGCUCGGGGUGCCCGGGAGCUGAGGGCGCUGCGAGCUGGGGGAUUUUUCAUUCCCAAACUGAGGCCAGAUGGAGGAGAAGGAAAAGCCCCAGAGAUCCCACACAAGGAGGGUCUGCAAACCCAGCCCAAGGAGCUGUGAAGAGGAAAGAUCCCCCCAGUGCCAGGAAGGCGGCCGGAGAUCCAGCCAGAGCUCAGAGCUGGGGGAGAAGCCCCACAGGUGCUUGGAAUGUGGGAAGGGCUUCAGCCAGAACUCCCACCUGAUGCAGCACCAGGUGAUCCACACUGGGGAAAAGCCCUACGAGUGUGGGGAAUGUGGGAAGAGCUUCAACCAGAGCUCCAACCUGAGGAAACACCAGAGGAUCCACAUGGGGGAACGGCCCUACACCUGCUUGGAUUGUGGGAAGAGCUUUGGUCAGAGCUCCACCCUGACAAAUCACCAGCUCAUCCACACCGGGGAGAAGCCCUACGAGUGUCCCAAGUGUGGGAAGAGGUUUCAGACCAGCUCCACUCUCAUCAGACAUGAGCGGAUUCACACAGAGGAGAGGCCCUUCCGCUGCCCUGACUGCGGGAAGAGCUUCAACCGCAACUCCAUCCUCACCGUCCACCGGCGCAUCCACACUGGGGAGAGGCCCUACGAGUGUCCCCAGUGUGGGAAGAGCUUCUCACAGAGAUCUAACUUGACCCAACACCAACAGAGUCACCAGUAAGGGAAGCCCUGCGAGUGCCCCAAGUGCGGGAAGAGCUUUGUGCGCUGCUCCAGCUCCAUCCCCCAUGGGAGGAUCGGCAUUGGAUGAUCCCCAGUGACCCCCGUUGGGCAGAGCCCUGGUGAUCCGUGGUCCUGGUGAUCGGUGUUGGGAAGACACCUGGCUGGGAGGCUCCACAUCUUCCUGGCUCCCUGUGGGCACCUGGAUGGACACAGGAGCAGGAACAUCCAUUUGGACACAGAUCAACAAUGGGAAUUCCUUGGGGAAAG